UUCCGGCAAAAUGCUAUAUAGAUUAUAACUGCCAAUGGUGUUUUAUGUCAUUUCCGUCAACACAUAAAACACAUCAAUUUAGCUAAUUUUCUAAGAAGUUUAGCUUUUACCCUGAGAAUUGAAUUACGUAAAUGUCAAAAGACAGUCGCAACGAUGGACGACGGCGUGGCCAGCACCGAUUCGGUAUUAGAAUUGGACAAGGCGGGGACGGGAGGGAGAGGUCUGGCAGCAACAGCUCAGGGUCCUCGCAUGGAGGAGGAAAAAGCAGGAAUACUCCAAUAACCGUUGCCUUGAAGGCAUCCUUUCGGCGGUCAAACAGCCAUGACAAGGUGAGGAAGAUUGUGGCAGAAGAGGGCCGUGCUGCGAGAAAUCUCAUUGCCUGGAGUGUUCCUCUGGAGAACAAAGAGGAGGAAGGGAAGUCCAAGACUCAUACAAAUGCCAAUUUGAGGAAUCAGAGAAUUAACUCUGGACUGCAUAGAAAUAAGAAACAGAAUACAGGGCUGGAAAACAAGAGCACAGCCGGGGCCUUGCUUGACAAGGGAGCAGAAAAGAGUCCCACCAAAGCCAGGCAGCCGCGCAAGGUGGACCUGCGAGCACGAUACUGGGCCUUCCUCUUCGACAACCUGCGGCGGGCAGUGGAUGAGAUCUAUGUCACCUGUGAAUCUGAUCAGAGUGUGGUGGAGUGUAAGGAGGUGCUGAUGAUGUUGGACAACUAUGUGCGGGACUUUAAAGCUCUGAUUGACUGGAUCCAGCUGCAGGAGAAGUUGGAGAAAACAGAUGCCCAGAACAGACCCACGUCUUUGGCUUGGGAAGUGCGUAAGAUGUCCCCAGGUCGUCAUGUGAUGCCCAGCCCCUCAUCUGACAGGAUUGUCCACUCACCUAGUGGUCGCCGCGCCCUUAACUUUGGUGGUCCUAAACCCACACUGGCCGUAGCUCGUCUGUCCCACACGGGCCCCAGCUGGGCUGACCGGGUCAAGUCCUCCCAGUCCCUUCCUGUCCCCAGCCAAGUCAACAACUAUCCCGCAGAGAAACCAGGUAAGAAGGACUCUGAGGGUUGGGAGACAGUACAGCGUGGGCGUCCGGCACGGCCUCGCUCUGCCGCCAUCGUAGCAAAGGUCAGCCCGGUGCUGGCCCACAUCAGCCCUAAAGAUGAUAUCAACAAGGAGAACCAGCAGCCCCCUGGCAGGCCCUGCCCCCUGGACAAAGACGAGGGUCAGUGUGAACAACCAAUCCCUGAGGAGCCUGACCCCCUGGAGGAGAUGACAGGAGACUCAGAGAAGGGUCACAUGAUGGAGCCCCCAUCAGACAGUGCGCAAGACUCGGGGCAGUGUGUCAACGCACCCUGUGAGGACGCGCCUCCCCCCAUACCAGCCCCUACCCUUUACCUUACCCAGGACCCAGACCCUAUGAUAUUCCUAGCCUUAUCCCUACCAGUCCCUGCCCUAGUUCUCCCUCCAUCCCUAGACCCGGCCCACACGGACGGGCCCUGUGCUCUGGGGGACAAGGGGACUGCGGGGGGCACGUCACAGGGCAUGGAAACAUCUGCUCCAGAACUGGCUGAGGCUCCCAUGGCAGCGGUGAAACUGGAGAGUGUGCUGGACCCCAAAGAGCUUUCCACUCCCCAGUCCAUGGCAGAGGUCCUGGCAAAGAAGGAGGAGCUGGCUGACCGCCUGGAGAAGGCCAACGAGGAGGCUAUCGCCAGCGCCAUCGCUGAAGAGGAACAGCUGACCAGAGAGAUCCAGGCUGAGAACAAUGACCUGGAGACUGACAAUGAGAGUGACUUCUCUGCCAGCAUUGGCAGUGGAGGUGGAUUCAACAUGGAUUGGAGUGACAUGCUAGCCGACUAUGACGCGCGGGAGCCGUGGCGUCAGAGCACCUCCUGGGAGGAUAUCGUGGAGGAGGAGCCUUCCAGACCACCUGGCCAUGGAAUCCACAUGCACGAGAAACUGUCCUCCCCAUCUCGCAAAAGAACCAUCGCAGAGUCUAAGAAAAAACAUGAAGAGAAGCAGCUGAAGGCCCAGCAGCUCCGAGAUAAACUGCGAGAUGAGAAGACCCACAAACUGCAGAAGCUCCUGGAGAGGGAGAAGGAGGUCACGAAAUGGAAGGAGGAGUUGUUGGACCAGCGGCGGAGGAUGAUGGAGGAGAAGUUACUCCAUGCCGAGUUCAAGCGGGAGCUGCAGCUCCAGGCCAUAGUAAAGAAGGCUCAGGAGGAGGAGGCCAAGGUGAAUGAGAUAGCAUUCAUCAACACUCUGGAAGCUCAGAACAAGAGGCACGAUGUGCUGGCCAAGCUGAACGAGUAUGAGCAGCGCCUAAACGAGCUGCAGGAGGAGAGAGGCAGGAGACAGGAGGAGAAGCAGGCCAGAGACGAGGCUGUACAGGAGCGUAAGCGGGCUCUGGAGGCAGAGCGGCAGGCACGGGUGGAGGAGCUGCUGAUGAGGAGGAAGGAGCAGGAGACACGCAUCGAGCAGCAGAAGCAGGAGAAAGAGAGGGCCAGGGAAGACGCUGCACGAGAGAGGGCCAGAGACAGAGAGGAGCGUCUGGCUGCCCUCAGCGCUGCUCAACAGGAGGCCAUGGAGGAACUGCAGAAGAAGAUCCAGAUGAAGCAUGAUGAGAGCAGUCGCAGGCACAUGGAGCAGAUUGAACAGAGGAAGGAGAAGGCAGCAGAACUCAGCAGUGGCAGACAUGCCAACACUGACUAUGCCCCCAAACUGACACCGUAUGAGCGCAAGAAACAGUGCUCCUUGUGCAAUGUUGUGAUCACCACGGAAGUGCACCUGUACAGCCACACCAAGGGCAAGAGGCACCAGCAGGCCGUGAGAGACUGCAGCAGCAUCCAGGGCCGGGAGCUCUCAGACGAGGAAGUGGAGCAUCUUUCCUUAAAGAAGUACAUAGUGGACAUUGUGAUGGACAACACUGUCUCCUCUGAGAGUGUGAAGGACGGAGAAGAGAGGCAGAAGGCACGCAAGAAGGCAAAGAAGCUCCGCACACGCAUGAACUCCAGGGCAAAGGAGUAUGAGACGGCAAUGGAGGCAAAGACAGUCCCCGACUCCCCAUACAAGGCCAAGCUCCAGCGUCUGGUGAAGGACUUGGUCAAGCAGCUCCAGGGCCAGGACAGUGGUCAGUGGGCCAACACCAGGGUGUCAGGCCUGGAUAGAACCCUGGGAGAGAUCUCCCGCAUCCUGGAGAAACAGAACAAUGAAGAUCAAGUGGCAUUCCAGGUGGGAGGGGGACUUUCUACUCUGGAACAGAUUCUGCAGGUAGUCACUGCAACCUCCACCCCCACCGCAGUCUCACGCAUUCCAAUCAAGUCUCUAUGUGCUGCUAUAAACACCUACUAUCUAGCAUGCUCUCGCUGCCACCUCAACUGCACAUAUGUUAUCUACAGCAACAAGAUAGCCUUCCUCAUGGACCUGCUGCUACAUCAGCUUACACUGUUCGUCCCAGAUGAAGACAAGACCAUAUUUGGUCGCAGUGUGAACAAGCAGGUGUUUGAGGGACUGACCACCGGCCUGCUGCAGACCAGCGCCACUGUCCUGAGCCUUCUCUGUCCCUAUGUCCCUGACUGUGGCCGCGGGGACGCCCCUCGCAUCAUGUCACCAGACACCAAGACCUCCCCUAUAGAGCCCUUCAACACCCGCGCCCAGGACCUCAUCAGCUAUGUGGUAAACAUGGGUCUGAUUGAUAAGCUGUACAGCUGCUUCCUGUCUGUCCAGGGCCCAGUGGACGAGAGCCCCAAGAUGUCUGCCUUCCUCCAGCAGGCCACCGCUCUACUGCACGCCAUGUGUAAGCUGUGCUUCGCUGUGACCGGCCGCUCUCCCAGUAUAUUUGACAACAAGCGUACAGACCCCACAGGGCUGACGGCCCUGCUGCAGUCCACAGACCUGGUGGGUGUGGUACACACUCUGUACUGCAUCCUGCUCCACAGCUCCGCCCUGCCUGAGCCGGCUGCCCAGGGCCCACAGGAGCCCUACGCCCCAGGGGUCAUCCAGGUGGCCCUAACGGGCCUCCGCUUCCUCAACAGCUUCGCCCUGCUCGACCUGUCUGCCUUCCAGACUGUUCUAGGUGCCGAGGGCCUGUCCCUUGCUUUCCGCCACAUAGUGAGCUCCCUGCUGUGGUACUGCUCUCAGCACUCAUCUGAAGAGCUGCUGCAGGAAGUCAUCAUCUGUGUGGGCUACUUCACCGUCAACCACCCUGACAACCAGGUGAUAGUGCAGUCUGGCCGCCAGCCUAACGUGCUGCAGAAACUUUGUCAGCUACCCUUUCAGCUACCCUUCCAGUACUUCAGCCACCCGCGCCUCAUCAAAGUGCUCUUCCCUUCACUCAUAUCAGCCUGCUACAACAAUCCCCAGAACAAGGUUAUCCUGCAGCAGGAGAUGAGCUGUGUGCUACUGGCCACAUUCAUACAGGAUGGUGCCUCACGUGAGAACCAUCCAGACAACAGAAUGCAACAAGGAGACAGAGUCUCUCAGCCACUGGAUUACUGUGAGCUGUCCGACCGCUUUCCCAGAGACCAAUGGGAAUCAGCACUGCAGUUCUUCCUCAAGAAGCAGGAGGACUAAACCAGAAUUGCAUGCCGACCUCUAACACGCACAUAUGCAUGAAAAACACUACAAAGUAGAAACCGACACUUAACCCUCCAUUCUACACUACAUACUUUCCCAUUUAGUUUUGAAGUCUGCAUAUGGGCAUAUUCUUUAAAAAUGCAGUCUUAGCCUUCCCAAAACUCUUGAAUUCCUAGAAGACGAGGGAUAAAUCCUAACUUGAGAUGCACAUGUAUAACUAAAAUGUUUGUGCAAGUCAUCCAUCGAUGUCCAUGGGCGAUUUGCACGAAAGUUUGAGUUGGAAGUGAGUAUCUUGUGUAUUUUACCGUGAGUCACGCACAAUAAUUAUGUUCCUUGUCCAACCAAGUCAUUUGCUAUCGUGUUGUUUCUAUUGUGGAUAGAAUGGCAACGUAGCAGAAGAGAGCAGAGAAUCAAAAGCACUCUCAUAAUGGUUAGAUUACAUAACAUAUGUAAUGCAUCAAUAAUAAGGUGUACUACUGUGUACUUCCUGUUAAUUCCUUUUAAUAUUUUCAUAUACAGUUAAGAUGUGAAUGACCUGAUCAGAAUAUUUUUUUCCCUAUAGUUAUUUUAUAUGCGUUGGGCAGUUUUGUACUUCAAUAUGUAAGUUACAUAGUCUAUAUGUGUUUAUUCUGUACAUUUUAGAUUUGCUCUAGUAAGAGCUGUCCUGAUUUCAAGUACAAAUGUUUCCCUUGUUCUUGCCUUUAUGCUGUGAAGAACUUACAAAAUAUAAUUGAUUUAGUAAAUUACAUUUUUAUCCCAUUUAAUAAAUAAUUUAUUAUUAGGCGUCA